GUGCCCGCGGCGGUGGCCGCAGCCCGGCCGCGUGACCCGCGCGCGCCAAUGGCCCGGCCGUCUCCGGGGCGACGCGGAGGGUCCGCGCUGCGCCGCCACCGCGCCCCCGCCCCGAGUCCGCACUGCAGAGAGUGGCGGCGAGCAGGCGCCGGCGCGGUGGCCCACGUGCCGCACGGAGAGAGGGACCGCGAGAGGAAGCGGGAGAGCCGCGCGAGAGAGCCGGGGAAAGAGGCGCGCACGACCGGGCCGCUGCUCCGCGCAGCCCCUGCGCCCCUCCUGCUGGGACCUCCGCCGGGAACGACCGCGACCCAGAGGAAGGCUGUGGAGACCUGGGCCGUUCUCUCCGAGUCCUAGCCGCCCUCCACCCCACCCCCCGCCUCAUUCUUUCCUCCCUCCCAGUAGCACCCUCCCUGGUCUGCGUCGGGAACGGUUUCCUGCCCGUAGUAUUAGCCCCGCGCCGGCAGAAAUUGCGCGCGAUGGCGGUGACGUUGCUGCAGGACUGGUGCAGGUGGAUGGGCGUCAGCGCCCGCAGGGGCCUGCUCAUUCUGGGCAUCCCGGAGAACUGUGAUGAAGCCGAACUCCACGAGUCCCUGGAGGCCGCCCUGUGGCCCUUGGGCCACUUCACCGUGCUGGGCAAAGUGUUUCGAGAGGAGGAUAACGCCAGUGCGGCCCUGGUCGAGCUUGACCGGGAAGUCAACUACGCUUUGGUCCCCAGGGCAAUCGCGGGCACCGGGGGUCCUUGGAACGUGGUCUUUGUGCCCCGUUACUCAGGCGAGGAGUUUCUCAGUCGCGUGUUCCACUUCCUGGAGCAACAGGGGCAGAUGGUGGAGACCGUGGCUGGGGUCCUGGGGCUGGGACUGCGCAGGGUGUGCUGGCUCCGAUCCGUCACUCAGGCCAUCCAGCCCUUGGUGGAGACCCUGCGCUACGAGCGCCUGGGCGUGUUUUCCGGGAGGGAUCCGCUCGCCCCGGGGGAGGAGCCCUUUGAGGCCUGGCUCGACCACGCCUCCGACAUGCUACAGGUGUGGCAGAGUGUCUCAGAAAGGGAGAAGAGGCGGCGGCUGAUGGAAGGCCUUCGGGGGACGGCCCGGCAGCUCAUGCAUGAGCUCCUGGCGGACAACCCUGCCAGGACGGCGGAGGACUGCCUGGCGGCCCUGACCCAGGUGUUUGGAGACAACGCCACCCAGAGGACCAUCCGGAUGAGGUGUUUGACCGCUCACCAGCAGCCGGGCGAGGGGCUUUCUGCUUUCGUGUUGCGGCUGGAAGUCCUGCUGCAGAAAGGCAUUGAGAAGGGGGCCCUGGCCAGAGGCUCAGCUGACCUCCUGCGCCUGAGGCACAUGCUCACCAGGGCCAUCGUUCCUGAGCCUCUGGACGAGGUACUGAGGAAGCUGAGAAUGGCUGGGAGGUGUCCAAGUUUCCUAGAGAUGAUGGGGAUUGUUCGGGAGCCUGAGACAUGGGAGGCCACUCUAGCCAGGAUCGAGGGAGCCCAGGCCGAGGAAGGGGCCGGUGCCCAGGCCGAGGAAGGGGCCGGUGCCCAGGCCGAGGAAGGGGCCGGUGCCCAGGCCGAGGAAGGGGCCGGCCCAGGAGGUCCUGGCGAUGAGCCAGAGGGCCUCCCCGAGGCCGGAGACCAGGAGGCCGAGAGCCCCCCCGAGGAGGGGCUCGAGCCCAUCCCAGAGGGGUCGGGAAACGUGGAUGGGGCUGGGGAGACGAUCCCCCCCCGAGUCCUCCUCAGGCUAAUAGGCUCAGAAGGCCCAGGGCCCCCCUCUCCUCUCAGGCAGCAGAGCUCUGGAGGCAGGGGGAGGCCAUGCCGGGGCAGCAGCCUCACCCCACAUGGGGGGGCAGGGCCGAGGGAAGGCCCCACCCAGCCCAAGCCAAGACCCCAGGCACUCCACCACCCAUAAGGGGACCUCAACACCACCAUCAGCCCCUCCAAGUGACCAGGAUGACCACACUUGACACCACAUGGGGCGGGGAAAUGUGCCCCCCCCAACCCAUGGCAGCACCAUACCUGGCCCCAGCCCCAGUCCCAAUCCAUGCCAACUCAGGCAGCCAGUCUGGGAAGCACCCCUGAGUGGCUGACCCUAGCCUAGGUGAGGGGCACCCGGAGCCAUCUGGCACCCACUCUGGACUGGGAGACGUUAGGGACCGCCUCAAGGGUGCCAGCCUCUUGGGUCGCCCAAGAGGGAGACCCUCAUGUACAUCCCCCAGGGCACGUCGCUCCAUGUUCUGGGAAACCCGCUUGUGUCUCUGUAGGGCCCUUAUGACCCACGUGUCACGUUACUCCCCCACCCCACUAGGUCCCGUUCCUGUGCAGAGCCUUGAGGUGUGCAGGAGCCCGCGGUGGGUGUCCUGGCCCACCGGGGCAGCCGCCCCCCCCGCCCGGGGGCCUGCCGUGAGCUUCGGUGGUGACCGGGG